CGUUCUGCUACUGGAGUGGCCCACAGUGCUGUUAGGUCUACACCGUUCGUUGUAUUUGGAGACAUUUUAGCUUGCUUUCCAAACAUUCUAGUUCACCUUGGCAUGCUUGACGAAUCAUGGAGCCUUGUGAUUGGCAUUGUACAAGAGAAGCUGUCAGAAAACUGGAGAAAUCGCUGGGAUGUGGAGUUUGUGAGAAACUCCUUCGGGAACCAUGCACUUUGGGCUCAUGUGAUCACCUGUUUUGCAGAUCUUGUGUUGGCGCCCACCUCGGGAAGACGUGCCCCAUAUGCCAUGCCCCAGCCUGGGUGAGAGAUCUCCAGCUGAAGCGUGAGCUGGCCAGUGUUGUGGGCCUCUACGCCAAGCUCUGCUCCGUCAUUAACCCAGAGGUCAGCAGAGGCAACAAAGAUGAGAAGGUCACCGUGCCAACUGAGCAACAGGUUGAGUUAGAGGUCCGUGAAUUGGCCAAUGGUGAUCCUAAAGCCUUCGUAGCCGUGGAGGUUGAUGGCACCAGCAGAGGAGUGUUGCGUACUCGAAAUACUUUCCCCGAACCGAAAACUACAGAGACAAAAGUGCAUAAAAGACGGCAGUUUCUAUCCCAGGGUGUAGGACAGAAAGAAGGGAAAAAGGGCUCGAGGACAGACGGAGUGGACGGCCUUCCUUUUGUCGUCCGAGAAAAUGAGAAGAAUAGAGUGCCUUUGGCCAGCUCUUCCAGCAGCGAGAGUGAUAUCCUUGAUGCCAUGUCUGUUUACGACUUUGUUCCCUCCCCGCAACGCCCCAAGCCCGCUGCCAAGAAGCGGGCCAGGAGGCAGGACGCAAAAGUGGUCAAGCGGCAGCGGGUGGCCGCGGCCAACCUCCGCUGGCUACGCGGCGAUUUUGCCCCAAGAGCAGCCAGCGAGGAGUCAGAGAGUGGGUUUGACUCAGAGAGGUCGGCGCGGCACGUGUCGUUCUCCGUCGGUACAGACCAGGGGCAGUGUUUACACCAGAACAGCAGCAGUGCGGAGCUCUUGUCCCAAGAUGAAUGUCCUGUCGAUCCCACGAUCCCCACUCCAAACAGCACCCAGGAAAGCGGUUACGCGACGGCAAGCAAUCUUGAUGCCUCAAAUCUUGCUGAUGGAGACCUGCCCAUGAAAGCCAGUAGUGAUGCCCCUCUGCCAAACCGCUGCAAAAAUCCUGACAGAAAAGCUUACGACCGUCAUCUGCCGGGCGUCAGGCCAACUAGGCAGUCCCCAAGACAGACGCAGAGAGAUCCUCAAACUGUACAAGCUUCCAGUUCAGCUCCUGCAGACACUGCACCCCUUACCACCGCCUCCUCAAAACAGAGACUAAACAAACGGGUCCACAACAAGAAGGCAGAAACCUCCAGCUCGGCCGAACACACCAUCAAAUCACUACCACUGCUGACAACAGACACAGGCCAAAGGAGACACAGGUCUUCACCUGGGACAGUUCCUAAAACACCUGAGAAAGACUCUCCCUCACACCUCAAGAAGAGGCAAGGCAAAGACGAUGCAUUCACCACAGACAGCAGUCCGCCCCCUCAGAAUAUUGAGGCCCAAAACGGCGGACAGUCCCACAAGAGGAGCAGGAGAAAUGCAAACUCGUCGGCUGAAAACAGUCUUCAAACUCGGUCGACUCGUCAGACGAGAAAGAGGUCCAGUGCCCAGUCUCCCUCCCCGAAGGUCUCCCGUGAACCUGCGAGGAAAGAAGCUGCGGCACCCAGCUCCUCACAGAAUGCCCAUGGUUUGGAGAGGCCAGCAACCUCGCCAAGAAACGGCCGCGCCGCUGUGAAGAGGAACAAACGUGGGGAGACGCCACUGCACAUUGCCGCCAUCAAGGGCAACCUUGGCACAGCCAGGCAACUUCUUCAGGACGGUGCGGAUCCAAAUGUCAAGGAUAAUGCCGGAUGGACACCGUUGCAUGAGGCCUGUAACCAUGGCCACGCAUCCAUCGUCACCGUUUUGCUUGACCACGGAGCGCUGAUCAACACCCCUGGCUUUGAGCACGAUUCCCCCCUCCACGACGCCGUCAUGAACUACAGGCUGGACGUCGUGAAACUCUUGCUGGAGAGAGGCGCCUCGCUAGAAGUCAGAAACAUGCACGGUCUGACACCAGCUGAUUACACAAAUUCGGAACCGAUGAGGAAGGCACUGAGAACUAAACCGCUGAUCACCAUGGAUACCAACGCCAUGGUUACCGCAUCUCAGAAGUCAGCACUGGCAAGAAAUCAGCCGGUGGUUCUCCUUGGAACAGGCCUGAAAGAUGCCGAACGGAAACAGCUCCAGGCCUGCGCCAAGCUUCUCGGGGGCGGACGCGUCGUCAGCGAAUUUGGGCCGGCGGUCACCCACCUAGUGGCCUCCUGUAACCGUGACAACCUAUGCAUGAGGACCAUGAAGUACCUGAACGCAAUCCUGGCCGGAGUUUGGAUUGUCUCCUUCAACUGGGCAGUCGAGUGUUUGAAAACAAAAUCACGAGCUGCAGAGUGCAAGUUUGAAGUCAAGGGAACCAUAACGCUGCCCUCUAGCUCGGGGGCCCAGAAAGGUCGCAAGAAUGCCGAACAUCAGCUCCCUGGACUCUUAGACGGCUGCCAUUUCUACCUGCACAGCACGUUCAGCCCGCCCACGCCCUCCAGGGCUGAGAUCGUGCAGCUCAUCAGGAACGGUGGCGGAACAAUCCUCAGCCGCCAACCCAAACCGGACGACGACGUCGUGCAGGCCUCGGCGACGAUACCGUACCAUGCACGCCCUGGAUCCGAGCUGGCCGCCUGCUCGUACUACAUCAUCCACGACCACGGGGGUAGCAGGGCGCCCCCAAGGGUCCGGACAGGGAAGUUGUGCACGGCACCCGUUUCCUGGCUCAUGGACUGCAUUUCACAGUUUGAGCUUUUAGACUUGCCCAAUUAAUAAUUGGGCAUGGUGAUCUGUGUCGCUUUUCUGAACUCAUGUUGCCAGCCUAAUACGAAGAAACAACUUAAAGCUUCCUGCCGAAUGAUUAAAGAAAUUUUUAGACACCCAGGAAAAAUUUUGAAACACAAAGUGAUUCCGAAUAUGGAAUCUUGUGUUGCAAUUUUUGAAAUGCAGUGAAUAUUUUUUGUUGUAUAAAUCAAAUGAAUUUGAAGGAUUAAUUUUGUUUCAUGAUUGGCUUGAACGCCCACCUCGCAGAACACAAUUUUCAAUCUGUCACCUCAUGAACUUAUUCAUACUUUGCACUUAGAAACAUUCAUUAUUUGCAUACCAGAGUGAAAACAUUUGGAAACGCUGAUGAAAGCAGUAGAAUUAUGUAAUUUUUUUUCUAGCAAAGAAAAUAUUACAGUUAUUUUAAGGUUAAAUAAUGCUAUCCAUUUCAGAAAACUAAGUGAUGCUUACUGUAAAGUCAUUUAAUGAUUUCAUAAUACUUAAAAAUAAUUUUAGUGAACAAACUUGUAGUUUAAAAUUAAUUUGAACCACAUCACCACAGUAGUGAAACCAAAAGAUUGUUUCAGAGCAAGGCUUUGAUUUUAAUAUGGUUUUCAUUUUAAUUUGAAUUCAAAGGAGGUUGAUUUUGAUCAACAUUCAAUUAAUUGAAAUAUAUUUGAAUUUAAGAUUCAAAUUGUCUUAGCUGUUGACAGUGAUAAGAAAAGCAUGUACCGAAAUUGCCAAAAGAGAGCGCUUGAUAUGCUUUAAGUCAUACGACUGUUUGGUACAUGUAUCAUAUUUUAGUCUUAGGUUUCAUUUCUUUUUUUGGCCUUUAUUGCAA